AUGAACAAAAACAUCUCAGGUGACGAGGAGUCCGUGAAAAAAUUCUUUUCUGCGAGAAUAUUCGACAAAGAAGUUAGUGUCAGGGAUCGUUCUGCUCUCUGGCAGGUAUCACAUAGGGCACAGAUCAUGGCCAUUGAGUUUGCAAGAGAAAGGGAACAACUUACGCAAAAGAUCACUUACCUUGAAACAGAGAUUAACGCUAAGGAAAAGGAGAUCGCCAUCCUUCAGCAAACUCUCUAUGGGAGAGACAAACAGAUUACUGAUCUCAAAGAAAAACUGUCCCAACCACAACAAAAUGGGCAAAGAAAUAAUUUUGAUUUUGCCAAGCAAAUGGCAGCAAUGGAUAAAACGCUACAGGAGGCAAAGAAGAACAUUGCCGAGCUUGAGGCUGGCGUAAUUUUCAAUGUCAUGAAGAAUGAAAUGGAAGCAAAAGAAUCCCAGAGCGAGCCACAGACAUUUAAUGGCAAAGAUUACUUUGACCAUCAACCAUCAUGGUUUGACACCCUAUCAAACAACGGUGGAUAUCUUGAAGUGGAAAACUUUCCAGUAACAGCCAAAGAGAUUGAAGCUAUGAAGAAUGUUAGAUCAAAUUCAAGGCCCUCCACUGAGUCAGCUAAAGGCAAAGAUUACUUUGACCAUAAACCGUCAUGGUUUGACACUCCAUCAAAAAACGGUGGAUGUCUUAAACUUGAAAACUUUCCAGUGACAGCAAAAGAUCUUGAAGCGAUGAAGAAUUGCAAAUCAAAUUUAAAGCCUUCCACUGCAGCAGCGAAAGGUAUGAAGAAGGAAACUUGUAAAUUGUGAAUACUUUACAGUCUACAUCUGAGCGAAAGCAGCCUGUAGUGUGAUGAGUAACAAAAUAGUCAGACACUUAGAAUUGUCAAGAUACUUUUCAGCUUCAGUACCUCUGCAAAGUACCCUCCUCAUUAAGUGCAACGAGGAACUCAAUGAUUUGACGAUUAUUAAGCAAAAUGAAAUCUUAGUGAAAACAUGUUAACAAUACUCUCUAAAGAGGAAAAAUGCAAGGCGAUUAAAAUUCUACUUUUGCUUUACUAGUCUGAAAAAAUGAUUCAAGUAAAAAUUGACAUUUCAUUUUCUUUCUUUCCCCUUUACCCAAGAUUGUGGUGAGGCGAAAUGUCAACAAACA